AAAAAAUAAAAAAGAUCCAACUUUAAGACAGAGGUCGGGAUUCCACCAUCCUCCUGCGCCUUUCCCCUAACACUCCUCUAUACCUCUCAAAAAGAUCUUGUCAACUUGCAAUUAUGUCGGACGAGGUCUACGAUGGUGCCAUUGGCAUCGAUCUAGGAACUACCUACUCGUGUGUUGCCAACUAUGAGGGCAGCAAUGUCGAAAUCAUUGCCAACGAGCAGGGUUCCUUCACCACUCCCUCUUUCGUCUCCUUCACCGAUGAAGAGCGUCUCAUUGGCGAGGCCGCAAAGAACCAGGCCGCAAUGAACCCCGCGAACACAGUCUUCGACGUCAAGCGAUUGAUCGGACGACGAUUCGAUGACCCCACCGUCAAGAAGGAUGUCGAGUCCUGGCCUUUCAAGGUCGUCGACCAGGGCGGCAACCCUAUGGUCCAGGUCGAAUACCUCAAGGAGACCAAGACUUUCUCGCCACAAGAGAUCUCGGCCAUGGUCCUCAUGAAGAUGAAGGAAGUUGCCGAGACGAAGUUGGGCAAGAAGGUUGAGAAGGCUGUCAUCACCGUACCAGCUUACUUCAACGACAACCAGAGACAAGCCACCAAAGAUGCUGGCGCCAUUUCUGGUCUCAACGUCCUCCGUAUCAUCAACGAACCCACCGCUGCCGCUAUCGCCUACGGUCUCGGAUCCGGAAAGUCCGACAAGGAACGAAACGUCAUGAUCUACGAUCUUGGUGGUGGUACUUUCGAUGUCUCCCUUCUGAACAUCCAGGGAGGUGUCUUCACCGUCAAGGCCACUGCUGGUGACACCCAUUUGGGUGGCCAGGAUUUCGACACCAACCUUCUGGACCACUUCAAGAAGGAGUUCCAGAGAAAGACCAAGAAAGAUCUCUCUGGUGACGCCCGUGCGCUCCGAAGACUGCGGACUGCUUGCGAGCGUGCGAAGAGAACUCUGUCAAACGGUACCCAGACCACGAUCGAGAUCGACUCGCUGUUCGAUGGCGAGGACUUUAACGCCCAGAUCACCCGUGCUCGAUUCGAGGAUCUUAACGCAAAGGCUUUCAACGGCACUCUUGACCCAGUCCAACAGGUCCUAAAGGAUGCCAGCAUUGACAAGUCCAAGGUCGACGAGAUCGUGCUUGUUGGUGGCUCUACCCGUAUUCCCCGCAUCCAGAAACUCCUCAGCGAUUUCUUCGACGGCAAGAAGUUGGAGAAGAGCAUCAACCCUGACGAGGCUGUCGCCUACGGUGCCGCUGUCCAGGCUGGUAUUCUUUCCGGCAAGGCUACCUCCGCUGAGACUUCCGACCUUCUGCUGCUCGAUGUCGUCCCGUUGUCCCUUGGUGUGGCCAUGGAAGGCAACAUCUUUGCUCCUGUCGUCCCCCGUGGAAACACAGUGCCUACCAUUAAGAAACGAACCUUCACUACCGUGGUCGACAAUCAACAAACCGUCCAGUUCCCAGUCUUCCAAGGUGAACGUACCAACUGUGAAGACAAUACUUCUCUGGGCGAGUUCACAUUGGCACCAAUCCCUCCAAUGAAAGCCGGCGAUGCUGCUCUCGAGGUCGUCUUCGAGGUCGACGUCAACGGUAUCCUCAAGGUCACCGCCACCGAGAAGUCAUCUGGCCGAAGUGCCAACAUUACCAUCUCCAACGCCGUCGGCAAACUGUCUACCGCCGAGAUCGAGAAGAUGGUCGAGGACGCUGACAAGUUCAAGACCUCCGACGAAGCUUUCACCAAGAAAUUCGAAGCUAAGCAACAACUCGAGUCAUACAUUGGCCGUGUCGAGGAACUGAUCUCCGACCCUGGCUUGUCAAUGAAGAUGAAGCGCGGAAACAAGUCCAAGAUUGAGGAGGCUCUGUCUGAUGCCAUGCAACAGCUGGAGAUUGAGGAGUCGAGCCCCGAGGAUCUGAAGAAGAAGGAGUUGGCUUUGAAGAGAGCCAUGACCAAGGCUAUGGCCACGAGGUAGAUGGGCUAAGCUGCAAAGUUGCAGGUUAUCCACCAAAAAUUGCUUGAAGACAGGACCACCCUUGGUGCGAGCUCUUUCACGUUUACGAAUAUGCAUGGCAUUUGCACACAUGUGGCCGGCGUCAUUUCGGAUAGUCCUUGAGCUACUUGCUGGGUGGUCCCGUCCAAACGAGUGAGAUGGGCGAAGAAAAGUUGUUACCUUGUGUUAAAUAGAGUGACGAGUUUCUUCACGAGAAUGCAGAAUGAAGAAUGGUGUUCCACCCGUUCAAUCUGGUUCACUUUUAAGACAAGGCUGAAAGGGCGUUCCCCUGAAAUAGAAUGCAUCAUACACGUGACCUGUGUUC